AUGGCCUGGCUUCGAAUUUCCAGCACUGCCAUGGCGGUCCUCUUCAUGGUACAGACAGGCCUCCUCCUCUACCUGUACACACACCACAACCAUUUGCUGCCCUCCUUCAAGGAGAAGCCGGCCCACGUCCACGUGCUGAUCCUGUCCUCGUGGCGCUCAGGCUCCUCCUUUGUGGGGCAGCUGUUCAGCCAGCACCCGGACGUCUUCUACCUGAUGGAGCCAGCCUGGCACGUGUGGGUGACCCUCUCCCAGAGCAAUGCUGAGGUGCUGCACAUGGCUGUGCGGGACCUGGUGCGCUCCGUCUUCCUCUGUGACAUGAACGUCUUCAGUGCCUACCUGCCCUGGUACCGAACCCUGUCUGACCUCUUCCAGUGGGCUGUCAGCAGAGCCCUGUGCUCCCCGCCUGCCUGCAGCGCCUUCCGGAGGGAGGACAUCACUAGCGAGGCUGCCUGCAAAAGCCAGUGCGGGCAGCAGCCAUUCAGGGCCGUGGCCAAGGCUUGCCGCUCCUACAGCCACGUGGUGCUCAAGGAGGUGCGCUUCUUUAACUUGCAGGUUCUCUACCCGCUGCUGACCGACCCCUCCCUCAACCUGCACAUCAUCCACUUGGUCCGGGAUCCCCGAGCCGUGCUCAAGUCCCGCGAGCAGUCGGCCAAGGCCUUGGCGCGGGACAACGGCAUCGUGCUGGGCACCAACGGGACGUGGGUGGAAGCGGACCCCGGGCUACGGGUGGUGCAGGAGGUGUGCCGCAGCCACGUGCGCAUCACCGAGGUGGCCAUGCAGAAGCCGCCGCCCUUUCUGCAGGGCCGUUAUCGCCUGGUGCGCUUUGAGGACUUGGUGAGAAACCCGCUGGCCGAGAUCCAAAGUAUGUACGACUUUGCUGGGCUUCGCCUCACCCCGCAGCUGGAGGGCUGGAUCUAUAACAUCACGCACGGCCAGGGGCCUGGGCAGCUUAAAGAGGCCUUUAAGAUCACCUCCCGAGAUGCUCUCAACGUCUCCCAGGCCUGGCGCCACGCUCUCCCCUUCCCAAAGAUCCACCGGGUGCAAGAGCUGUGCGCUGGUGCCCUCCGGGUGCUGGGCUACCGGCCGGUUGACUCUGAGAAGGAACAGAAGGACCUCACGUUGGAUUUAGUGCUGCCCCAGGGAAGGAGCAAGUUCAGCUGGACCUCAUCUGCAUCCUCCUAUGCUCGAGAGAAGUAGGGCCACAGCCUGCCAGCACUUCCUGGGCGGGAAGCUUUUAUUUAAGGACAUUUUAAGUGCAUCAGCUACCUGAUGGAUCCUUCUCUACCUCCCCUAAAGGGAAAGGGGAGCUGUCUACCAGAGAAAAGCUGGAUGAUCUCCACAAGGGAUGGGAAUUUCUCCACUAAUACUCAGAUUUGCUGACGCUGGGAACAGUUUUAUGUAAAUAAUACCUGACUGUUUUAUAAUUGAAUGGAUUAAAAAAAAGUUCCAAAGCACCGCUGAUUUUUCCCUCUUAGCUAUAAUUUUUCUUUGGCUUCUUUUCAGUUGACAAAACCUUUUAUCUCCUUUCCCUCAGCCCCCAGCCCAUUCUUCUGUUUCCUUUUGAUCCUAGACUGCUACCUAUCAGCCCAUAGCA